UGCACGUGUCUUGAGAGCUCUCACUCAAUUUUUGUGUAAUCGGUGAGAUUUAAAAUUUAAAAAAAAGUGGAAAAUAGCAAUAUGAAUGCAACCAAAACACGGCUAACUUUGAUGCUCAAACGUGAAUAAAAAUACAAGCAAUAUGGUGGUUAAUGAGUAGCGAAAAGUAUGAUUGUUGUCAAUCGAUAUGCUUUGAAAGUCGCUUUUGUCUCGUUUGUCAGCGCUGUGGUAGCAACAAUAACUGUGAUCUUUGCAUUACAAGGUUUAUGCGAAACAUAUCGUGAUCAACAGCCAAUUUCACUACAUGUUCAAAAACGAAUUCUAAAAGACGAUUCAACUGAGUCAGAGUGUGAUGUUCUGUUUGUUGUAAAAGGGCAAUCAAGACUUCGCGAUAAUGAUCCUUACAAAUCUGUUAAGAUAUACAACUGUUCAAAGGUUGGUACAUACUCAUUGCAGACACUGAAUGACUAUGAAUGCAUGUUUUACGCGAUGCUGACAAAUCCAAACUGCAAAGGAUAUCUGUUUCUUGGGAGGGAAAUUAGACGUUGGAAGAGGACGGAAAAUCUGUUACAUAAUGAUUUGACUAGGAUUUGGUAUAAAGGUAAAACUAAUACCAAACGACUUCAAGUGAAAAUUGACAAUAAAAAUCUGUUGAAGUCAAAGCAUGUAAGCACUUGCAGUAUGGUUAUAAAAGAACUUGCCUUGCUAAAUAUUGCUUUCAAAAAUUCCGAAGAAAGCUCGAAUGGUUCGUGGCAAAGACCCUGGAAUGUUGAAAUUGCGAUGAAUGCUUUAUUGUGGAAUGGAAAGGGCAAAUUUGCUUGUUUUCGCAGAGAAGUAGAAACAUUUUAUGUCCCAGUAAAAUAUAGGGAGACGUUUCUAGGUGUUGCUAGCAUCCUUAACAAGGUUAAGAUGCCAGAUGAUGUUGGUGUACUGACGAUAUUGAAAUCACUAGACUUGGAGAGAACUUUCUUAGCACCUACAUAUUAAAACAAUUACGAUUCGAUGUAAUUCAACUUCUGAUUUUAGUGUUUAAAACAGCGGCAAACAAAUUGAUUUUCCGUAUAAGGUAGCGAUUAUCCAAGAGAAACUUUAGGACCCAAACCCCUAGCUGUAAGAUUUUAAUAUUGAUCGUUAUACUGUACAAGCCAAAAAAAUAUGGACGCUUUUAGGUAUAUACAUUUCCAUAUCAGUUAAAGUUCGAAUUGGAGGACUCCUAUUAGUUUAUCCGUAAUGAUGACUAUUUUUGUUAACUAUGAUUGAUGGAAACACUAUCAAAGUCAACUAACAUUUAAGCGAAGUACUCGAGAAAUGAAUGAACGGUCAUUGAAUCAUGGACCUUUUAUUUCCAUUCGCAUCAUAGAACACGACAAUUUACCAUUUCAUAUAUAUAUAUUGAAUGAAUAUGUGUUUUACUAUGAGACGUUUAGAUAUAUUUC